CUCCGGUUCUCCUUCUCAUCUUUGCGCUCUCUCCCACAGAGAUUGAGCCUGUGCACGGCAAAAUAUAUUUUGGGGGGACGAAUCAAAAAUUACUUUAGAAAACCACCUUGUCUCCGCCUCCUAAAGUGCCACCAUACACUGAAAUGCUGGUUUUAGGCAGCACUAAAAAGACAGGGCAGACCAGGGCUCAUGUUUGUAAUAUUCCUUGCAGUGUAGAAUAGCUUAUUUUACACUAUCCCAGCAGGGCAAAAGACUCGGAACAGAGACAAAAUCAUUCGGGGCUAAAGCCCGGGCCUGGUGAAGACAAUGCUUGAUGCAAUGCAGACCCGGAGGAGAGCGUGAGAAUGAGCAGACACGGUCUGUCCUUUAGAGUUUUGAUGCAGAGUGUUGCCGGAUAAAGUCAUGCUAGGGUAUAAAUGAUCCUGUGAGAGCUUUUGUUCCGAACCCACUAAGGUGUUUCAGGUGCCAAAUUUAUGGUUAUGUUACAGCAGUAUGUAGAAGGGAGAUUCAAGUGUGAGAAGUGUGCAGGAGGGCAUGGGACAAGUGUAGUUUAAAGGGGAAAAGUGUGUGUUUCAAUUGUGGGGGUGGCCAUGUUGCUGGGGAUCAGAAAUGUCCUGUGCUAGUGAGAGAUUUGAGCCCUGUGAGUAGUAGGCCUUGUUGAUUGGAGCCCUGUGAGUAGUAGUUAACUUGUUGCUGUUAUGGUCAUUAGUUGUACCACAAUGAGGGGAAGGAAAUCCCAGAAUAUUGAAUUGGUAGUAGCAGCAAAACUGGGAAACGCAGCAAUAUGGAACAAAGCGUCUACCACACGAAGACGACUACUCUCUUCGUCGAAGUUAUUUUGAGCCUGCAGCUCGAGUGGAGGGUGUUUCUGUGAUACUCCAGCCAAUCACGUUGGCAGACAUGACGGCGCAACAGUUAGUCCCUUUAGCUUCACUGGAAAUACUUCGAUACCAACAACACUUUUGUUAGCUGUAAGCAAGCUAUAUAUAGCUAGCAAAAUAGGAUACUGAAAAGACUGGCAGUGGCUGCCAACAAUGCAACGUUUCUCAAAGGGUGGAGCAAAACUGGAAAAUGUAUUCGAAAGAGCAAAGUAACAUCAUGUAUGAAUAACUUUAUUUUAACUCGCAACUACUAGCUAUGAGAACAGCUAACGUUAGCAAAUAAUUCCAGAAGAACUAACGUUAGCUAGCUAAAUAACUAAGACAUGGCUACCACCAGGGAAAUACAAUACCGAAGCCCCACAGUGCGUAUCAAGCAGGAGCAGGACGAUGACUCGGACACGGAGGAGUCUCACAUUGGUUUCAAGAAGUCGGAUGGACGCGAGUCGCAGAUAAUCCACAGUGGUCACUUCAUGGUGUCCUCGCCGCACAUUGAACACCCACCAAGAAAAGGUUACGAUUUCGACACAGUCAACAAACAAACCUGUCGGACGUAUCACUUCGGGAAGAAGUGUACAUCACAUCUCUCCAUUGACGCGUCGUUGACAAAACUUUUCGAAUGCAUGACCCUUGCAUACAGCGGCAAGUUGGUGUCGCCAAAAUGGAAGAACUUCAAAGGACUGAAGUUGCUGUGGAGAGACAAGAUCCGGCUCAACAAUGCUAUCUGGAGGGCCUGGUACAUGCAAUAUGUGGAGAAGCGAGAGAACCCUGUCUGCCAUUUUGUUACUCCUCUGGAUGGGACCGUGGACAUGGAGGACCAUCGUUCGGCAGAGGCAAUAGCCACAGAGGGGAAAUAUUGGAAAAGAAGAAUUGAAAUUGUAAUUCGAGAGUAUCACAAGUGGAGGACAUAUUUCAAGAAACGGUUACAGAAGCACAAGGAUGAUGAUCUAUCAAGCCUUCUCAAGGGGCCGGAAGAACAGUUUUCGCUGUUUGGGGAGGUCUUUCCAGACACCUUCCGUGUGUCCCUUUAUCAGGAUGAGGAAAUGGCUGGGCGCCGCAUUGCUCGCAAGAGCCGUGAGUCACCCGUCCCCAUGGAGAUGGACCCACUCUUUGACAUGGACGUGCUGAUGUCAGAGUUUUCUGACACACUCUUCUCCACGCUGGCCUCCCACCAGCCCAUGGCCUGGCCCAAUCCCAGGGAAAUAGCUCAUGCAGGGAACGCAGACAUGAUCCAGCCUGGACUCAUCCCCCUACAGCCCAACCUGGACUUCAUGGACUCCUAUGAGCAAUUACAAGACUUAUUUCACAGCCUCCGUCAGCCCAUCUUCCCCUCUGCUUCCCUCACUGCCUCAUCUGCCACUCCUCUACACAGCAGCAGCUCUCAAUCCCAGGGCCAGCUUCUCUCCUCCAUGCACCUCUCAGCUGACCUCCUGUCCGCCAGUCAUGACCACAGACUCAUCGCCUCCCCAGCCCCCCUGACUAUCUCCUCCCUCAUGUCCAAUCAAACCAGUGGGACCAGUGGAAGCCCCUCUUACGUACAGAACUACAUGCCUCUGUUCUCUGGGCCGGUGCCCUCUAGUGCUCAUGCUGGAGGCUCCUCCCUCAUGCAACACUCAGCCCUUCCCACAGUGCGGCACACCCAGCCCUGCCAGGGUGCUGCCACCCCAACACUAGUAGCCCCCCCACCCCUAGACGAUGCCACAAGCCUGGACGGUUCCCCGCCCUCAUCUGUCAUCACACAUACAACCACCUCCACUGUUAUACCCAGUGAUGCUGCCACCACCUUCAGUCACGGCUCUGACUUCAGCUCCCUAAACCGGGCACCUCCACCACCACCCCUCCAGCCCCUGGCACCCUCACCUGCCGCCACCCCACAACACCCCCAGACUUUCGCCCGGCCCAGACCCAUCCAGCCCUCUUGCUCCAACAAAAAGACACGCCGUGUGCAAAGGAUUGUUCCUGCCAUCUCCUCGUCUCACCUCAUCCUAACAGGGCAUACCAGUGCAGUGAUUGUUACUCCAAAAGCCCUGAAAGCAAAUGUGGUUCCCUCAACUGGCGUGGUUAUCGGCUCCUCCAGCCUAUCAAGGGCUCCUGGAUUUCACAUCCUUCCACAGACUCCGAAGUCUCCCCAGCUCAUUAUCCCUAAAGAGGAGACCUACUCUUCCAACCGCAAGAAACAAGAACCCUCCACAAGUACUGGGCAUGAGGACCGUGGCUCAGGUCAGGGGUCACUGUGUGGGUCAGAGCAGGUCUCCAGUCCUCAGUCUCCACACAGCAGCUGCAUUGCCCUUUCCAAGAACGAGUCCAACCAGAGCCGUAGGGUGACCCAUAUCACUGCUGAACAGAAGAGGCGCUUUAACAUCAACAUUGGCUUCAAAAUGCUGUGCAGCCUGAUUCCUGCUCUCAAGUCCCAGUCCAAUAUCAGUAAUGCAGGCACGCUGCAGAAGACAGUGGAGUACAUAAGGAAGCUGCAGCAGGAGAGGCAACMGAUGCAGGAGGAGACCAAAAGGCUACGGGAGGAGAUUGAGGAGGUCAAUGCCUCCAUAAAUGUGUGUCAGGAGCAGCUGCCUGCUACAGGUGUGCCCAUCACACGCCACCGAUUCGACCACAUGCGGGAGAAGUUUGAUGAGUACGUGAAGAGCCGCACCCUUCAGAACUGGAAGUUUUGGAUCUUCAGCAUCAUUAUUAAACCCCUGUUUGAGUCCUUCAAUGGGACUGUCUCCACCACAAGCAAAGGGGAGCUGUGUGAGACCACACUGCAAUGGCUGGACCGUCACUGCUCCCUCCAUGUGCUGAGGCCCAUGGUACUGAGCACUCUCCGACAGUUCAGCACUAGCACAUCCAUCCUUACUGACCCCACCCUUCUGCCUGAGGAAGCCACCCAGGCUGUCACCAACACCCACAGUCACUUUGCAGACUCCUAGCCGCACCUCCAGGGGAGGGGAAGAGUGAUUCAGAUAGAGUGCAUGGUCAUAGUACCCUCUGGUACAGCACUCCACAGAGGGUCUCUACCACAAAGUACUCCAACUUCUCCAGAUUGAAAAAGACCUUGAAACUACAGAAUGGAAAAGUACCAGCACUAGUUUGCCUUAAAAGGUAAUCCAAAGAAGUUACUCUGUCUUCCACCCUAUUCAUUACCAUUUAGAACAGGACAUGAAGUUUGUGGUCUUUUGUAUACGUCUUUGUAUACGUGACCUCAUCCAGCUUACUGACCUCUCAUUCCUACACAUCGACUGGGCUUUGCGGUCAACAACCCAAGCUCGGUGCAUUACUUUGGAUGAUUAAUACACACCACACCGAACAACAUUUGCAGCAUAUUAUGAACACAGCAAUAACAUUGCUCUUUGUUAAUGUAACUCGCCACACUGUUGAUGGUGGAACUCCCAAUUAGUUUUAAGGCUUGCAGUGCCUUCAGAAAGUAUUCACAUCCCUUGACUUUUUCCACAUUUUGUUGUGUUACAGUCUGAAUUUAAAA